GCACUGCCGAUCACUUUCUUCUGAGAACAAUGGAGAGCGGAUCAGAAUCUAACUUGGAGGGACAAGCGUCAGUUACGGAAGACAGCGCAAAUACAAACUUUAGCGUGCAAAGGAAUAAAAGUGUUAAUUCGAUAGACAGAAUCAACCCCUCUAUCAACAGAGGUUAA